GUGGUGUAUUUCACAGCUACAUUCCCCUACGUAGUUCUCAUCAUCCUUCUCAUAAGAGGAGUAACUCUCCCUGGAGCUGGAGAUGGAAUCUGGUACUUCAUCACGCCAAAGUGGGAGAAGCUGAUUGAUGCCAUGGUUUGGAAGGAUGCUGCCACUCAGAUUUUCUUCUCCUUAUCUGCAGCAUGGGGAGGUCUGAUUACCCUCUCUUCUUACAACAAAUUCCAUAAUAAUUGCUACAGGGACACACUGAUAGUCACAUGUACCAACAGUGCCACAAGUAUAUUUGCAGGUUUUGUCAUCUUCUCAGUUAUUGGCUUCAUGGCAAAUGAACUCAAAGUGAAUAUUGAAGCUGUGGCAGACCAAGGUCCCGGAAUUGCAUUUGUGGUUUACCCAGAAGCCUUAACGAGGCUUCCCCUCUCUCCCUUCUGGGCCAUAAUAUUCUUUUUGAUGCUUCUAACUCUUGGAUUAGACACCAUGUUUGCCACCAUCGAGACGAUCGUGACCUCCGUGUCGGAUGAGUUCCCCAAGUACCUGCGAACGCACAAGGCGCUGUUCACUCUGGGGUGCUGCGUGUCCUUUUUCAUCAUGGGAUUCCCUAUGAUCACUCAGGGUGGAAUGUACAUGCUACAGCUCGUGGACACUUAUGCAGCUUCUUACUCUCUUGUCAUUAUUGCCAUCUUCGAGCUUGUUGGAGUUUCCUAUAUCUACGGACUGCAAAGAUUCUGUGAAGAUAUAGAAAUGAUGAUUGGAUUCCAGCCAAGUAAAUUCUGGAGAGUCUGCUGGGCAUUUGUGACCCCGACUAUUUUAACAUUCAUCCUCUGCUUCAGCUUUUACCAGUGGGAGCCGAUGACUUACGGAGCUUACCACUACCCCGGCUGGUCCAUGGUGCUCGGGUGGCUGAUGCUGGCCUGCUCAGUCAUCUGGAUCCCGGUUAUGUUCGUGAUAAAAAUGCAUCUGGCCCCAGGCAGAUUCAUCGAGCGACUCAAGCUGGUGUGCUCCCCACAGCCUGACUGGGGCCCGUUUUUGGCCAAGCACCGAGGUGAACGUUACAUGAACAUGAUUGAUCCACUGGGAACCUCCUCCCUGGGACUUAAACUGCCAGUGAAGGAUAUGGAACUGGGGACACAAUGCUAAUGAUUUGUUACUAAGGGGUGGCAAUAACAUUGUCAGCCUUUUCUGAUAUUUUUUUUUUUUUUUCCAUUUUGUUUCCCCCACUGUUUCUUCUUUCCUUUUCCACAGUGCCAGGAAGUGGUUGCUUAGGAAAGUAGGAUUUACUGUUGCAUGCCAUAGGGAAGACCUAGCUAGACCACUUCCAGGUGCAGCUGAUGCCCGUGACAUGUUCUGUACCCAGUGAAACAGCUACAGGUGACAAACCAGGUGACA